AUGAGAGAGAGUAGCCAUAGACCUCUCAUAUUUGGAACCCCUUUCCUGUCUACUGUGGGUGCCAUAUUUGAUUUCCCCAAUCAAAGAAUCUCUUUCAACAAGGUGAACAAGGGUAUGUUCUUCCCUAUGUGUUCAACAAAGAACUCUUUUGUUGACAUGGUCCAAGAGGAGAAAGCUACUUUGAAGCCACCCCAAGAAGGAGAAACUGAAGAAACAAUCAAGGAAGAUCCCAUUCCUAAGCCCAAGCAGCUUGCCAAACAAGCAAGGAGUAAGACUAAGGCCCCUACACCAAAACCGCCCAAGGGAUCAACCAAGAUUGAAGAUGAGGCCAAGCCAAGAAGGAAGGUUAGAAAGCCUAGGUCUGGCCGCAACAUGAAGCUUCUAUUCCCAAAGGAGCUUAUUGAUGAGAAUCUAGAAGGAUUCAAGGAGAAAGUGACAAGAACUCUAAAGCUUUUUCCUAAGGCAGUGUGCCAAGGGACAUUCAUGGAGAGAUUGUCUAUCCAGCUGUGA